CUGCUGUUGCCUUUCUUUGGAAGCCCCCCCUGUGAAAUAAUGGAUCAGAUGGAGCAGGGGGGCAUGAACAGUGGCUGUGAAGAUGAGAACUGUGGCCAAACGUUGAGUUUUCCAGAGCACUGCCCGACCCAAGACUAUGAAUGGGAGGAACCAAUGUUUGGAUUGACAGAGUUAGUUUGUGUGACGGUCAUUUACAUUCCUGUGAUGAUUUUGGGUCUCCUGGGUAAUGUCCUAACAAUCCUUGUGGUCUGGUUGCGUCCACACAUGAGAAGUUCUACCUACUUGUACCUGAGUAGCAUGGCUGUCAGCGAUUUGAUGAUACUACUACUCCUGCCUUUGGAUCUCUACAAGCUAUGGAGGCCCCGACCCUGGCCCUUAGGAGACUUUGCCUGUAAGAUGACCGUGUUUCUCUCUGAGUGCUGCACCUUCUGCACCAUCCUCCACAUCACCUUCCUCUCUCUGGAAAGGUAUGUGGCCGUCUGCUGGCCAAUAACGGCCAAGACACUGGUGACACGCCGCAGAACCAGGGCUCUUAUUGGCUGCCUCUGGCUGGGCGCAGCGAUCAGUGCAGCACCCGUGUUGGUGAUGGUUGGUGUAGAGGAAGUUGGGGAAGAACAUCUCAGCAUCGAUAGCUGGAAAGAGAAUGAAGGGUGGACGGAAGAGAAUAGCAGUCACGUGACUUCGCUUGAUGACGAAUUAGAUGUACAGAAGUGGGAAGAAAAAGAGAGACGCCUUGAAAGAGCUGGACAAUGGAAUUGGCUAGAAGAUGGACCAAUGGCAGCAAUAGGUGAGAAACAACAUGGAGGCGCAGUUGUAAAUAAAAAACAGGUCAAGAAAUCUGAUGAAGAGCAACAAAACCUUUUGAAAGAAGAUGAAGGAGGAGGAUGGCAGACAAAUGUUGAUGAGAAGCACAAGUUGGAGAUUGACCGGCGGGAGUGUCGCUGCACCGACUAUGCCAUUUCCUCCGGCCUUCUGCCUGCCAUGAUGAUUCUGUCCAACCUGUAUUUCCUGAUUCCAGUCUGCAUCCUCGGACUGGUCUACAGUAUGAUUGGAAGGACCCUUUGGCUGCGCCCUCAGAGCAGUCGCAGAGACCAAAGUCACAAACAUACUGUCAAAAUGCUGGGAGUGAUCGUGUUGGCGUUUGUCCUGUGCUGGCUGCCUUUCCACAUCGGUCGGACUAUUUUCUUUUUCUCUCUGGACACUGGUACUGACCGCCAGGAAGCGUACUUAGUCAACACUGACGAAGCUAUCAGCAACGUACGCAAAGUAACUGUUACCUCGGACCUGCACCUUAAUACUUCCAACUCGCCUGGAAACACUUCUGAGAAUGAAACACGCUGCGAUAUCCUUGCAAAGACCAAAUUCAAUGCCGAAACACACAUCAACAUGAGCACGCACACGGAAUACAUGAGCACAGAGACUCAAUCACGUCGCCAUGUUAUGCCAACCAUGCAUAGGGUCACACAUGCACCUGCACACACAAUAUCGUCGAAGGAUUCCACACAUACACACCUGUCCAUGCUUGGAUAUAGGAAAAGCAACAAAACACGUUAUGGAUCACACAAACUUAGUAGCUGCAAUUCCACAACAAGCAUUUGCAUGGACUUGCAAUGUAAGCACACACGCGAUCACACAGCCCCAGAGACCGUUUCAAUUCUAAGUAAUGACACGCACUUCGACAACGACACACAUUCCUAUUUUUUGUACUAUCUGUCGCAGUAUUUCAACCUGGGUUCCUCCGUCCUCUUCUACCUCAGCGCCGCGGUGAACCCGUUACUGUACAACGUGAUGUCAGCCAGAUACCGACACGCUGUACACAGUCUCAUACGCUCGCAACCACACGCCCAAGGCUUGCGCACACUUGAGACACAGCGCGCCACCACAAAUUUGUAAGAAAGAGCUUUUACCUUAAAAAUAGCAGCUUGAAAA